AUGGCUGACUUGGAUGAUGAGCUUCUUGCUUUGGCGGGAGACUCUGAAGAGGAGGCCUCCCCCCAGUCACAAAGCAAGUCCAAAUCUGCUUCCCCUCCCCCUCCUUCAUCCUCCGCCAAGCAACCUUCUCCAGAUCCAGCCCCAGGGAUGGCGCGCAAAGGAACGGCGAAGGUCGUUAAGCGACCGAGGAAGGCGAAGAAGGACGAGUCUGAAGAAGGCGAACUGUCUUCUGCUGAGUCUCGUCAUUCCUUGCAGUCAGCCAGCAUGUCUGAAUCCGACUCUGAUGCCUCUCCACCCGACGUCGAGGAAGAUGCGCCCAUCUUUCCCUAUGAGAAGCUCUAUUACUCGGCCAAAGAUAAGGAGGAGAUUAUGGCACUGCCAGAAAUUAAACGUGAAGAGAUCCUUUCCGAGCGUGCCCAGCAAGUCGAUCGCCACAACCAAGAUCUCGCACUCCGUCGUCUCUUAGCUUCUCGCGAACGUGAACAGGCUCGCGCAGAAGCAAAGAAGAACAAGCGUAAAGCCAGCACAGCCGAUAUAGAAGAUGGCCAACGCAAGAGCACGCGCCAGAAGACCAUGCUGGGCGGACGCAAGGUCGGUGAAGCGUCGGGCGCCAUCGAGGCGUACAAGAGGCAGCGUGAAGAGAAAGGGAAGCGCGAUGAGCUUCGCCGUCGUGAUGCAUCGGCUCGGAAGGCGUUGCGCAGGAGCUCAUCGCAUGACGAGGAUUACUCUGAUGCUGAUGCCGAGGGCGAGAGCGAGGCCGAGUAUGAUCACAAGGCUGAUCGCUCUCCACCAGUUCCAAAGGACGAUCCGCCGGCAGAUCUCAAGGACAUACAGCGUGUGCGUGUCGGACGCAGUAACUUUGCCCAAGUCUGCUUUUAUCCCGGUUUCGAAGAAGCUAUUACCGGUUGCUUUACUCGAGCCAACAUCGGCCCGAAUAGGGAAACAGGCCAGAAUGAAUAUCGUGUUUGCAUAAUUAAGAAAUUUACCGAAGGUCGGCCUUAUGCCAUUGAAAGCACAAAUGGACGUUCCUUCGUCACCAAUCAAUACGCUCUUCUGGCACAUGGAAAGGCAGAGCGCGAAUUUCCAUUCAUAGCUUGCUCGGACUCUCCUUUCACCGAGGCUGAAUAUAAUCGCUGGCGUCAGACGAUGGCCGUUGAAGAAUGCAAGAUGCCCACAAAGUCGAUGCUGGCUGCUAAAGUCGUUGCUAUCAAUAACCUCAUCAACCACCAGUUCACCAAAGAGGAAUUAAAUGAAAAAUUGCGCAAACAAGGAUCCCUGGACAGCAAGAUGAGAACUUGGAAACGCCUCGAGUUGGAAAAGGAGUUGAAGCAAGCUGUGGCAGACGGAGACGAAGAUAAGGUCGCCAAGAUCCAGGCUGAACUCGCGGAAAUUACUGGUCCGAAGCUUGCCUUUGGAACUAGUCUCUACAAGCCCCGAUCGGAGCAGCAGACCCAGGAGCAACGUCUUGCUGAGAUCAAUCUUCGCAACCAGAAACUCAACGCUGAGAAUGUUAGGCGUGCACAGCUUGAAGAGAGAAAAGCGAACCGCAAGAUUGCAGCUGCGGUGGCUCGUGGAGAAGCUGUAGCAGAUCCUUUCGCUCGCGUAAAGACUCGAGCAAAGACCCAUCACGAUGUCAAUGCAACCAGCCGGGCUGCACCCAAGAAGGACAAUGUUCCCGAUGGUGGUAGUGCCAGUGGCAGUGCCUCACCCGCGACUGGAUCUAAUACCCCUGCGAAAGUCGAUACCCCUAGACGCAGCCAAACUCCCUCCGGUAGCCAGACGAAGUCCAAGGGUAUCUCGGUUAUCCGUCAUCAGAACAUGGAUGACGAGAACAUUGCUGCCCUGGACUUGGACAUUGAUAUCGAGAUUUGA